AUGCCCGUCACAAUCGACCACACGGCGUACCCGUACAUCAUCGACCUCAUCAUCGAGCACGCGCCCCUGGCAUCGAUCAGGCGACUCGGUGCCACCUCACGCGCAUUCCGCAGUCGACUGCAACUCCACCAUGCGGUUCUCAAGCUCCAGCCGGGCGCGAAGCGAGUCGAACUGGUGCAUUCUGACCGCUGGGGCGACGACGGCAGCCCAUAUCCACCCCUCAUCCUCACCACCCCUGGUGGUCGAGCCCUCCCGCUCACGCCGGGAAAAGUGCGUGUCCUGGAUCAUGUUGUGAGGGAACGACCUGGACCGCUCCUCUCAAACGCGUUCACGUCAAUCGACACCCUCCGGCGCAUGAACGGCGCCUACGACAUAGCCGGUCCGACUAUCUUCUACCCGACUCGGAUCGUUGUUGACUUUGUGCAUGUGCGCGAGCAGUCCCCGUCCUACAGCGGGCUGAUGUCGAACGGCAGCAGGGACAAGAUCAACAUUGUCGUACCGCUUGGCGCGACCAAGUACGUCGUGCAUCUGAAACUCAGCCACUCGGUGUCGUCCUCGGCCACUCCCAUGAUCACUGUCGAGAUCGACAACGAGUACGCAGCGCUCGGUCACCUGGUGUUCGCCCUUUCUGUCCCGAGUAACAACGACCUUUUCUCGUGGGGGUUCCUGCACUCUGCCAUCUGCUCUGCAACUCGCUUUUGGACUGGUGACGGGCCAAGUCUGUCGAUAACGGUUGUCGGUCUGGAACGUGUCAACGACCCGCCGACGGCCGACCAGCUCUGGGCCCAGCUGGCCCGGUACGUCUCCGUGUGGAAAGCCCAGCGGGCGCCGAUAUGGUGGGGCGAUAAGACCCGCAAGGAGGAGGUACGGCGUGCGAUACGGCUCGUCACAUUUGAGGAGUGGUGGGUUGAACUUGGAGCCCGAAAGGAGGUCGAGGGGGUGUGGGUUGAUUGGAAGGAGUCGGGCUGGUCGUCAAUUAGGAGUGGUAAAAGAUAG